AUAUAUAUGUGUGUUAUUACUGCUGUUGAUAUCGUAUUAAACUGUAUCAAUGCACUGACUAUCAAUCUGCAUUUAUUCCACUUAUGUUAGCUAACUAACUUGCACAUGGUUCUUAUAAAAGCUAACUUUAUCUACUUUCCCCUUAAGCUACUUUUUUCAGUUAGACAGUAUAAUUAAAAGUAACUGGGAUGCAUAUUUAUUUUUAGUUUAACGUUAUAUUAAUUUCCGUAUUUUCUGACCUGAGUAACAUAACUAGACCUUUGGCCACGUGCAUAGCUUAAGUUAAAUCCGAGAGGAAAAAUGGUGUUUACUGUUUAAAUAUUAAAAUAGCGAUGUGUCGUUAAACGAUUACUAAACCAACUGCAAUUUUAAAUGUAUUUAUAUCGUACAUGGAUAACUUCCAACAGUUGGUCGUGUGUUCUAUGUGAGCCAUGGUUUUACCCCGUCUGUGUCUUUUGCUGUUGUUCUGCUCUUGUUCUGUGGUUUAACCUUUGACGGCAAAUAAAGACAGUUAUAAACUACUGCAAUUAGUAAAUGAGAGUACUAUUCUAAUAAAUCUCUAAAAAUAUAAUGCUGGCUUUGUAAUUUCAUAAUCAAAAGUAUGCUUUUGUUUCUAACCAAAACCAUUUUUUUCCCUUUACAGAUACAUCAAGCAUCUUUUCUUACAUCUAAAUGGUGGGACAACCUCCUAGACCUUAUAUGUGAAUGUGGCCAUGCAAAGUGUGUGAUAUUUCAUUAUCUAGCCGGUAUGAAUUGUUAAAACAUUUUAGGCUGAAACAUUUCCACUAUGGUCGCAAUUGCCGGUAUCCCUGUCUAUAUGCAGAUUGCCCAUGUACAUUCACAAGUUGGAAGAAUCUUUUGAGUCACACAUAUCAAACACACAGGAAGUUAACAGCAGCAAAUGUUCAGUUAACUACAUUCUUUUGUCAGACGUGUGCAUGUAAGGAAAUUUUAACUGAAAAGGAAUACUUUGCUCAUGUAAAUCAACAUCUUAGGCAGUAUGAAACCGUAACUUGUAUGUUUGAAGGAUGUAAGUUUGAGACAAACAUAUAUGGAACAUUUCACUCGCAUAAAAAUCGUAAACAUAAUCCCUACACUCUAAACGAUUUUAAGGCAGGUAUUGUUAAACUCGCUGCUCAGUCAGACGAAUCUGGUAGUACUGUAGAUGAAAGCCCCUCAUCUUCUGCGGACAUAGAUUUUGUACCUCCGUUAGAUGCAGAUAGUGAAAUAGAUACUUCAGAUGACCUGCCGAAAUUAUUAGAACAAAAAAUAGCUGCAGUUUUGCUGAAGUUGGAAAACAUUUUUCAUGUGCCAUCUACAGCUAUUGAUGAACUACUAGAUGAACUACACUUCCUCUUAAGUACUGUGUCUGUGCCUGUAACUUGUAGCAGUCUUUCAGAUUUUUUAAAAAACAAAAACCUUGAAGUUGAUAGCUUAAUUAUUAAGGAACUAGCUGAUGUACUGUGUAAAUCUAACCCUUUAGUAAAAUCAAUAGGGAAAGAUGGUCCCCUUUCUACAACUUAUAAGAGAAAAGAGUACUUUAAGGAUUUGUUAAAUAUUGUUGAGCCAGUGGAGUUUAUUCUGGACCAAAAAAAGAGCAGGACAUUUCAGUAUAUCCCAUUACUGCAGUCUUUACAGCAGCUACUUGAUUGUACUGCAGUGUUAAACAGUAUUAUCAGUAGCCACAGAACACAGGAAACUACAGACAAGUUAGAUAAUCAGCAGUAUCGCUCUAUAAGAGACGGUUUGUAUUUUAAGGACAACACUUUCCUGUCAGGUGAUGAGUUGCGAAUUUGUUUAACUUUGUACAUCGAUGAUUUUGAGUUAUGUAAUCCCCUGGGUACAUCGCGAAAAAAACACAAAUUGUGUAGUGUGUACUGGAUUCUGAAUAACUUGCCACCAGGCUCUCAUUCAGCACUGUCUUCCAUUUAUUUAACGGUUUUGUGCAAAAGUGACGAUGUAAAGGUAUAUGGCUAUGGAAAAAUUCUAGAGCCACUUUUACAAGACCUUUGUACUUUAGAAGAGCAUGGUGUUUUCAGCUCAAAACUUGGGAAGUUUGUCAAAGGAACAGUCCAUAGUGUUGUAGCGGACAAUUUGGGAGCCCACGGAUUGGCUGGUUUUGUAGAGAGCUUCUCUGGCCAGUAUAUUUGUCGAUUUUGUACUGCUCAGAAAGUAGAUAUUCAAACAAGGGAUGUUCAUUCAGGUGCUUUUUUGCUUCGAACAAAAGAAAUACACGAAGCACAUGUAAAGUCUGCACAGGAAACUGACACAAAUUGCUUUGGUGUGAAGAGAGCGUGUGUUUUAACAGAAAAACUUCAACAUUUUCAUGUUAACACAGGCUAUCCCCCAGAUAUAGUGCAUGACUUAUUUGAGGGUAUUGUCCCUUCUGAACUGGCACUAUGUUUCAGUGUUCUCAUCUCUAAGAAGUAUUUCAGUCUUGAAUGUCUUAACACACGAAUCGUCAAAUUUCCCUAUAAGUGGAGUGACAAAAAAAAUAGAUCUCAAGUUAUACCAAACAGCUAUUCAUGUAAGAAGACAAUAGGUGGCAACGCCCAUGAGAAUUGGAAUCUAAUUCGAUUGCUUCCAUUUCUAGUAGGAGACUUGAUUCCAGAGGAUGAGCUUGCUUGGCAAGUGAUAUUAGACCUGAAGGAAAUUGUAGAAUUAGCUGUGGCACCAGUUCACACUGAUGAGACAAUUGCUUAUCUUGAUGUCAAAGUGUCUGAACUAGGGAUGUCAAAUUUCGAUUAUUUCCAUGAUCGAUCGUCGUUUAAAUUAACGAUCAAUUAAUCGAUUAAUCGUUAACCAUAAUACUGCAAAAUGCGUCUAUUGCAGGCACGCAGUCAGCUGUAUGACAGGAUGUGCAAAAGCCACACACACACACAAAACGCUUUCUCACUUGAAUUAAAGAGGUUUUAGUCUGAAUAAAAUGCUAGUAGCAGGAUUAUAAAAUGAAUAGAUGCGAUUAUGAUCAUUUGAUAAAAUGAAGAGAGCGCGCCAUACUUUUGAGGUCAUUUUACUUUGUUGACAGUUUCCAAUCCCGCACGGAGAACGCUGAACACGCAUCUUUAAAUGGUUUUGUGGUGCUCGUUGUUGUAUUUUAAAGCACAAUUGCAAUGUUUUCAACUGACAUUAUUGUAUAAAAUUAUCCGAAAUGUGGAGCGCGUGUGACUGCGCUGCACAUUACGUGAACUACAUCGGCGCUGCUGCACCAAAACACAGUUGCUCACAUUAAUUUGAUCCUGCUGGAUUCUGUCCUAGAAAAUGUCAGAUUUUUAAAAAUCCGGCAUACAGCGCAUUAGAUCGUGACAGUGCAUGCGUGCACACGAGGAUGAGCGAGCACGGCUUUGAUUUAUUUGGAGGUUAUUGCUCAUGUCUCAUUCGGCACAAAUCGAAAUGUUUCCAUAUUCGCAAUGUAUUUGAAUGUUAAACUAUUAUUUAUAAUGUAAACUAGGCUUGUACUUAACACGCAUUCGCAUAUAGACGGAAAAGAUGAUCCUCUUCAUAUGAGCAAAAACGUCCUUGGCAUAACAGCAGAGUGGACCGGUAUACUACGGUCUAUUUAAACUGACCAGUGUAACCUUUUAAUGUUUAGUUGACAUUUUAUUUUGAUAAUGAACAGACUGCGAUGUAAGUUUGAAUCGCUAGAAUAUACGUGUGCAGCAGGCUCCGGUGCGAUCGAAACAGCUGAGACAUAAAAAAAAAAAUAUAUAUUUUCCGCAAAAGUGUUUACUUUCAUUUGUGCACACUCACAAUAAAAACAGAAGAUUUAUGCUCUUGUAAAAUAAAGCAAACAAACAGAAUGCGUUGUCAUCCUUUUUUUUUUUUUUUGUGAACUUAUGGAGCGCCCACACUUCUGUUUUAAAUCCGUUAAUCUUAAUUAGCCUAUUUAAGUCGGAUAUAUUUCGCAUAGCCUAUUUAAAAAAAAAAAAAAGAAAUUGUUAUUUUUAUGUUGGGCCUAUUACUUAGUAGGCUAUAAAUUUUCCUUAAAGCAUCCCAUUUUGUCCCAGGGCUUAGAACCUGUGCCCUAGUCAGGUCCAUGCAGAAACUUGUGAACGAUGCUCGGCGUCACCGUUUAGUGACAGCAGUGAAUGCUCCGGGAAUGUGUCGGUCACCGCGCCUAUUAAACGCUGUUUUGAAUCCAGCAAUUAUUUAUUUAGAAAUGAUAAGAUCUGAUUAUGACAAGUGUGGUAUAAAAGCUUUGUUUAUUAGAGGAAUAAUAGGUUAACUGGAAAAUGUUAGAUCGUGACCAUGCUUUUGGACCCCAUAGUCUUCAUUUAGGCGGCUUUGUUCUGGUUUGCCGGUUGGUCACGAAUUUCCAAAAAUUCAGUAUAUUUAGGCAUCGUUUCUUUUCCUAAAUCUUCAUAGUCUAACCCUCUAAUUUCCCAGGUUUAUUUUAUUAUCUUUCGCUUUUAAUAACUGUUUUCGCAUCUCUUACUGUGGUAAACAUGGGAAGGGAAAUUAAAGAUUUCAUGAAUUAAGAAUUCGUUCGAUUUAUUAAUUUGUUCCCUUAUUUCACUUAAAUCAUGGGUUAUUUAGGGAACAAAAUUAAUGAAACAUGGACAAUUGCCACAUUAAUAAUUCGUAGGAAUGAAUUAACAAGUUGUAGGAAUGAAUAGACUACCUGUCCUGUCACUGUGUCCCGCAGCCCUGCAAAGCGCACGAUAUAAAACAGUUAUCUGGUGAAAUGAUUAGUAACUUCAUUUCUAUUGCAUUUAAUGUUGAAGAACUUUUAUGUUGUUUCUAUUUUAAUAUACUUUAAAGUUUAAAUCACAUUAAAAGCUUAAUUUGUACAUUGUGAAUGAAUGAUGAUGCUUUUAUAUAUCGUCACCGUCACUCACAGCCGCUCGCACGUGUUGAGUGCGCAUGAGCCGCACGCAGCCCAACAUUGAAUCGGUUAACCGACCAUCGACAGCCUUAAUCGAUUGCAUCUCUUAUCGACAAUUAAUCGAUCAUCGAUUAAUCGUUGACAUCCCUAGUCUGAACACAGACAGAGACUACUCGAGCUUAACCCGGACGUAAAGCUUUUACCUAAACACCACUAUCUUGAGCAUUACCCGCACCUGAUUAAGUGUUUUGGGCCUCUUCUAGGUUUAUGGACGAUGCGAUUUGAAGCUAAACAUAGCUUUUUUAAACAAGUAGCUCGACACGCAAAUAAUUUCAGGAACAUUGCACUCACAUUGGCAUCCAAACACCAGCAAUUCAUCAGUUACCACAUAUAUUCAUCCACACUCAAUACAUCAAAUUUGGAAGUUUCAAAUGUCUCUACAGUCCAGGUUGAUGUUCUGAAUAAGGAAGUUGUGUUGGCUCUCAGGCAGAAGUAUCCAAAUAUCAGUCAAGUUCACCUUGCAAAAAGUGUCACCACUAGAGGAAUUAACUACAAAAAUGGAAUGUUAGUUGCAUGUGGUUCAACUGCUGGAAUGCCAGAAUUUGCAGAAAUUCUGCAAAUGUGCAUAAGGGGAGAUGAGCUGAGUUUCAUUGUGCGUUUAUUGUGUGCAUGGUAUAGAGACCACUUCAGAUCUUUUGAGUUGACUUCUUCACCAGGUAAAGAGGUUGCCCUGGUUCAGCUUGAAGAACUGACAGACUGCUAUCCACUUGUGGCCUAUACAGUUUGUUCCAAACGUAUGGUAACCCUGAAGAGACACAUCGUCAUCAAAGAUUAAAAAAUCAGGAUGGCAGGACCAGUUAGCUUCAGAGUCCUGUUUGGAAGUGAAGAUGAUGCAAGAAAACUAACCAUUAAAUCCGGAAUACCGUCUUCUGUGGAUGAAUUGUCUUUUGAAAUUAAGACCUUCUUUGGAGUAACAGAGCAGUUUAGGCUUCAAUACAAAGACGUAGACUUUGGAAACGAAUUCAUGAACCUCUUAUCAAUUUCUGAUAUUCAAGAUCGCAGUACUUUGAAAGUGGUGUACUUACCUUGUGAGGCUACCACCUCCACAAUAUCCUCAGCUCCAUCCACUAAAGAUAACUGCUCCACAAUCCCAGUUACUCCUUCCAAUAUAUCUUGCAGCUCCUCAUCACAAGAACCAAGUGAUUCAGCAUCUGCUGACUCCUGUAGCAGCAACGAUACUGUCAUAUUGUCAUCUCCUGACUCCCGGUCUUGCACUUGGCCUAAAGAUUUUGUAGUGCCACGAUUUUCAUAUUGUGCCGAGAUGCAGCUCCAGAAGGGAAAUGAUGAAUUCAAUGCAAGUGGAACUCUCCUAUCUCUUACGCCCAAACUCAGAUCUGAUAUUCUUGAAGGCAUUGCAGAAGAAAUAAUCAAGUAUACAGCAUAUCCAAAGGACAAUCAGUUUGAAAAAGUUGCUGAGGCCUUGAUACAAACCCAUCCAUGUUUGCGUGAGAAAGGAACUCGGACUGGGUGUUGUGGAUGGAAGCACUAUAUUAAGAUAAAGAUGAUGAACUUCCGAACCAAGCUUGGCCGAGCUGGACACCCAGAAGUCACAGUCAACUCACUUAAAAACAAACAGAAAGGCCAGGGAAAACCAGCUGCAAACAUAAAAAAGCCACGGAGGGCAGAGGUUAAUUUCUGUCCAAACCAUCCGAGAGGUGAAACCAAUGACAGCCUGGAGGUGGAAAGGGUUGCUCUAUUGACCGAGGUUAAAAAAAAGAAUAACGAGACCAUUAUCAAGGAAAAGAUGCAGCGUACCUUCUCAUACCGACGACAAGAAAUUCUUCAGGAGCCAAUGAUUACAGAGGUCCGAAACAGAUGGCCAGCAUUGUUUGAAGUUGAAGAAGUCAACAUGGAGUUCAUGCGUAUAACAACUGUUCCGCUGAUAUCAAAAUUCAUUGGUCAACUGGACAAAUACACUGAUGGCCUGAUGAAGGUGUUCCGUCACAAAGGAGGAUGUGCAGGACAGAAAAUCCGCACCAUAAUGGCAUUGACAACUAAAAAUGAAGACAUAAACACCAGGCGUGAUUGUAUCCUGAGGUGCCUAAGUGUCUACCUCAACGAAGACAUCGAGACACUUGUCAAAGAAUAUGUGGACACUGAAAGUGUGGAGGCUGAGUCUCUCAUUGCACAGACAACAAUGGGCAUCUAUGUCAUUCGAGCGGAGGGCACUGGUCCUGAAGAACAACCUUCAGAUGUUGGUGUUGUUCUUGAAGGAGUUGAAGUUCUGCAAAAUCUGCCAAGUGUCACACUUGGAUGUGUAAUGCUUUUUGGACUAAUUUAUGCCCUUAACUUAAACUAUCCAAAGGACCUCAAGUGCACAUUUGAAGCAUUUCAGAAAAUCCUGAUGGAACUGGAUACAACCAAGCUGUCGCCAAAAGUUCAGGGACUGAAAAUUAAGAUGCUUCAGUGAAUCAUUGAGAGAUAUGCUGAUAUUUACAUUUUUCCCCUUGACUUGCACUUUUUCUACUCGUUAGAACCACCACCCUAUUUUUCCAAAUUAUUGCAUGUCACAGAUUUGUGAAAAUGUUUGUUUAAUGUUAACAAGUGUUGUCAUUGAAUCAGAUUUGAUCUGAUUGUUAUGUCUACCUCAAGUUUUGCAGUUUUUUUAAGCACAGUUCUUGAGGAAAAAGUACUAUGCCUGCAGUCUGUUAAAAUCCUUUGCAUUUAUUUGUUAUAGGAUGAUUGUGGCAAUAAUAAUAAGUAGUGCAAUUAACCUUGGUUUGUUAGGUAAAGAAUGAAAGUACUUUUUUUUUUUUUUUUUUUGAGGUUGCACACAACACAGUAUAAGUGAGCACAUACUGUCUUGCUAGCUCCUCUUUUUGCUGCCUUUUGUGCUUGUUAUUUCUAAAAUAAAAAUGUGAAAUGAAGUGACCCUGUGGACGUUCUUUUUUGUGUUGUAUAUUGUAAU